AUGCUGCGCACGCUGAAGCAGCACGAGGUCACCACCAAUCAAGCCCUCACGCCACUGCACGGCCGCCCUCGAGCACCAGCAGCCGCGCUGCGCCAUUUGGCCAAAGUACAGCUCGCUCUGGUUCCCCACCCGCCGAAGGGCCUCCCGGAGGACAACCACGUCGGCGUCGUCCAGACUGACGCCAAGCACGUCGCAGAGCUCCUCCUCGAGAGUGAGAAGGGGCUGGCAAGGAAGCGGGUGGCCAGCGCGGCGGCAGACGUCGCCUCGCAGCAGGUCGCCUGGCAGCUGCUCGCCUGGCAGCUGCUCGCCUCGCAGCUGCUCGCCUCGCAGCUGCUCGCCUCGCAGCUGCUCGCCUCGCAGCUGCUCGCCUCGCAGCUGCUCGCCUCGCAGCUGCUCGCCUCGCAGCUGCUCGCCUCGCAGCUGCUCGCCUCGCGGCGCGCCCGGCGGUCGAGCUGA